CUCCAAUAAGAUCCAAGAACGAGUACGACGCGUUUCGGGCACCCGACCCGAUUUCCAAACAUACUUCUUGUGUAAACCCUACAAAUCCAAAGAAUUCCCCAAAAUAGAUGUACAGUUCCUCUUUUGUCAUUUCUUUUUCAAUUUCUCUGCCAUCAAUCGAACCGAAAUUUAGACCGGUGUAUCCACUGCUAAAGAUAAUCGGGUCUAAUUUGGGAAAAUGGGUGGAGGAUUUAGAGUGCUGCAUUUGGUUAGGCCAUUUCUUUCAUUUCUACCAGAAGUUCAGAACGCUGACAGGAAGAUUCCCUUCAGAGAGAAGGUGAUAUAUACUGUCAUCUCCCUUUUUAUCUUUCUCGUCUGCAGUCAACUCCCUCUUUAUGGCAUCCAUUCUACAACUGGGGCGGAUCCUUUCUAUUGGAUGCGUGUCAUUCUUGCCUCUAAUCGUGGUAGUGUCAUGGAGCUGGGAAUUACACCUAUUGUAACGUCAGGACUGGUCAUGCAAUUGUUAGCUGGAUCAAAAAUCAUUGAGGUUGACAACAAUGUCCGCGAGGAUCGAGCGCUUUUAAAUGGUGCUCAGAAGCUGCUCGGAAUCCUGAUUGCAGUUGGUGAAGCUGUUGCUUAUGUGCUGUCAGGGAUGUAUGGCAGUGUGAGUGAACUUGGGGUUGGCAAUGCCAUUCUUAUCAUUGUUCAGCUUUGUUUCGCUGGUAUCAUUGUCAUAUGCUUAGAUGAGCUUCUUCAGAAGGGCUAUGGUCUUGGCUCUGGGAUUUCUUUAUUCAUAGCAACCAAUAUCUGUGAAAAUAUAAUCUGGAAAGCAUUUAGCCCCACCACUAUCAAUAGCGGGCGUGGUGCUGAGUUUGAAGGUGCUGUUAUUGCUUUGUUCCAUCUACUGAUAACAAGGACAGAUAAAGUUCGAGCUCUCCGUGAGGCCUUCUACCGACAGAAUCUGCCAAAUGUUACAAAUCUUCUUGCUACAGUUUUGAUCUUCCUCAUAGUUAUCUACUUCCAAGGUUUCCGUGUGGUUUUGCCUGUGCGCUCAAAGAAUGCCCGUGGACAACAGGGCUCAUAUCCGAUUAAGCUUUUUUACACCUCUAACAUGCCCAUCAUUCUUCAAUCUGCACUUGUAACAAACCUCUACUUCAUCUCCCAGUUAUUGUACCGAAGGUACAGUGGAAAUUUCUUUGUCAGUUUGUUGGGCAAAUGGAAGGAAUCUGAAUAUUCAGGUCAGUCCAUUCCUGUGGGUGGUCUGGCAUACUAUGUUACUGCACCAUCAAGUCUGGCGGACAUGCUAGCACAUCCCUUCCAUGCGGUCUUUUAUAUAAUCUUCAUGCUCAGUGCCUGUGCACUAUUCUCGAAAACUUGGAUUGAAGUAUCUGGAUCUUCAGCUAAAGAUGUUGCCAAGCAGCUAAAGGAGCAACAAAUGGUGAUGCCUGGACAUCGCGAUUCCAAUUUGCAGAAGGAACUGAACCGUUAUAUACCUACUGCAGCUGCCUUUGGUGGAAUGUGCAUUGGUGCAUUAACAGUUUUGGCAGACUUAAUGGGAGCUAUUGGUUCAGGGACUGGAAUUCUUCUUGCAGUUACUAUUAUUUAUCAGUACUUUGAGACUUUUGAGAAGGAGAAAGCCAGUGAGCUGGGCUUCUUUGGAUUCUAAGAGGGGAAAAACAAUGAAAUUAUUAGAUACAGGGAUUCAAAUGUUGCUAGUUGGUUCAGGAUACAGGCUCCAUAGGAACUACUCAUCUGGGAUAUUACAUGUAAAGCUGCUUGUUAGCACCCAUGGAUAGAGAGAUUCAGGUUACGAUUGUAGUCUAAAAGCUUUUGUUAUCAGCGGAACUCGCAAAUUUUGUAGAACUGUGUUGUCAAAGGAGAAUGAAAGCUUACAUCUCAGGUCAUUUGCUUUUAAUGUAGAAUGCCUUUGGGUUUGUUUUC